UUGACAGCUGACAGCUAUCCGCCACCGUCGAUUUUUAUCAGAAGAUUAUAUUAUUUUAUCAACUAUUUUCAUUUUUUUUAUCGCAUUUUCUCCUCGAAAAUACUUAACUUUUUAUCUUUGUAGCAAUUCUUUAUGAAGCAUAUUUUCAUAAAAAUGCUACACCACUAUCAAUACAAAUCAAUUUAUUGCUAAAUAACCGAAGAAAAUCCAACAAAUGGCUGAAGCCAGACAACCAAUUGUAAAUCUUCGGCAAAUCGAAUUCGAUGAUAUUCGUAAUCGUGAGAUUGUUGGCAGAGGAUCCUUUGGAACUGUUUACAAGGCUCUGUGGCAAAAUCGUUAUGUGGCAGUUAAGGAAUUUUAUGUCACUGCCGAUCAAAAGGCAAUUCAGACAGAGGUAAAACAAUUGUCUAGAGUUGUGCAUCCGAAUAUCAUUGCACUUUAUGGUGUUUCAAUUAAAAACGAAAGUGUCUACCUAGUAAUGGAGUAUGCGGAAGGCGGAUCACUUUAUAACUUUUUACACGGAAAAGCAAAUCCAUAUUAUUCAGCAGCACAUGCAAUGAACUGGGCACUACAAUGUGCAGAGGGUGUAGCCUACUUACAUGCUAUGAAACCAAAGCCCCUCAUUCACAGAGACUUAAAACCACCAAAUUUAUUACUUGUCAAUUUUGGAAGGAAUUUAAAAAUUUGUGAUUUUGGAACAGCUGCUGACAAAUCCACAUGGAUGACAAACAAUCAAGGAAGUGCAGCUUGGAUGGCACCAGAAGUUUUCGAAGGGUCACACUAUUCGGAAAAAUGCGACGUAUUUAGUUGGGGCAUAAUUCUUUGGGAACUACUGUCACGACAACAGCCUUUCAAAGAAGUGCAACAUGCUUUGACGAUAUUGUGGGGAGUUCACAAAGGCAAUCGUCCUCCUAUCAUAGAAGGCUGUCCCAAACCAAUUGAAGAUCUCUACACGUCUUGUUGGAGUCGUGAACCUUCUGAACGUCCAUCGAUGCAGCACGUUGUAGAAAUCAUGACCAUACUCUGCGAUUACUUCCCUGGCGCCGAUCUGCCACUAGACUGUAAAGACCCAUUAAAUCAACAACCGUCGAAAGAACAUAGCGAAACGGAUGCUACCAUUGACAACACAAGAGUUAGCUUUAGUCCUUGGUCUUCCUUACAUUCAUCACAGAAAACACCAACAAAUUCAGAAUCAGUCCGUCAUCUGGCAAAUAUGUUUAAUAAUCUUAGCAAUGCAAAUAGUCCAAAUAGUCCUAGCAAAAGAUCCCCACGUUUUAGUCCUAGUGUAUCUACGUCAACUUUAAAUAAUAAUAAUAAUAAUAAUUCUAAUAGUAAUCGAACCCCGGAUGAGAAACCUGAUUCCUGGAGUUCGUCGUUUCAGACUUCGAGCGAUCCUUUUCGUUUAAAACCAUCACAAGAGACUGCCAAUAGAAAUGAAACAAUUAGAAAUGGAAUUCUAAAAAGAGGAAAUCUUCCCAUGACUGCGCUCUCAGUGGAUAUUGAUCCAAAUGCAUGGGCACUGAAAAACGAUAGUGUCGUUAACCUUUUUGAAAAUACAUCAAAAACUGAUAAUAAACAACGUUUAACUGUCACAGAAACAAAACCAGUGAUACACGAAGACGAUGAUGACGAAGACGAUGAUGAUGACCGCGAAAAUGCCUGCUCAGUCGACGACGACUAUGCGGCCGAUCAAUCGUUACAUCAAAUGCUUGAUCCAUCACUGCAACCAGAGCUUCCAAUACCAAAUAAUAGACUUUCACAAGAGAUUUACCAGGAUCACACUAGACUAGCCAAAGAAUAUUUGCGAGUUGACACAGAACUGUACUAUGCAACAGACCGGCGAGAUAAAUAUUUGGCAUCGCUGGAUCCCAUAGAAAGGGAACAAAAAAUGAUUCUUAUGAAAAAAUUAGAAGAGAAGGAGGAACUUCUUGAACUGUACAACGAUUUGAAACAGCAAUUAGAGCGUAUUCGUGCUGCGCAAGCUCAACAAACGACCUCCUCCACCUCAGCUCAAAUAACGUCAUCAGCUGAUCCCCAAACAUCACGAUCAGUUAAAGUUUUACAAUCACAAAUAAGUAGUGAUAGUCUUGCCGCCGAUCCUGCUGACGAUGGCUGGGUCCUAAUUCCUACAAAAGAAAGCAAUACGUAGCAAUCGCUUAAAUUACACAUUACACAUUACUUUAUAAUGCAGCAAAACCUAUAUACUUGAUGCUAAGUCAUUUAUUUUUUUUUUUGCUAGAGAACUAAGUUUUAUUAGCUUUGUAAGUACUUAAUACAAAAAAAAAACAUUUAACGAAAGUGUGAUCGUGAUGUGCGUGCUCGUUGAACUGAAUGUUGUUUAUAUUAUACAUACAUAUUAUAUACACUACACAUACAAUACAUUAUAUACAUUACAUUACAUAUACCUAUCUAUACCUAAACUAUUAUUGUUAUUUGUUAGAAAAUAAAUAAAAUGAAUAAAGAGUUGCCAUAUACAUAAGAA